CCGGCACCGAUUUUUGAGGCAUUUUCAGAACUCGAUGCAGGCCUGGGGUUGAAUGAAAGGGUAGGAUUCGCAACACACUGUGACUUGGUCAACUUGGUCAAGUGCCUCACACUCGGACGCAAUGCUGCGUAUUUGUCUGCGCGUCGGUCUUGUCGUGAGACCUGAGACGGGCGCAAACUUCAGCAAGUCUCGAGGGCUCCCCAAGUUGCGCUGGGCGCGAGCACCUCGCCAUGGGCGAUAGCAGCAAACAUCAAAGUGGCCGACCGUCGGUGCGCCCAAUGCUGUGGCCAGCCAACCCUUCCCUGCAACGCGAACUUCGUCUCCAAAUUCUCCCCCAUCCACCGCAGUUUCAAAAGGCUUUGCCUGCGGGCGUCUCCGGACAUGCCCGCACCCCCAAAGGAAGGAAAAAAAGGAAUUUUGUUCUCGCAUGCUCACAAUCGGGUUGGGUCGCAUUGCAGCGCUGAUUUACGAAACACAUCGGUACUUGGACCACCAUUACGGUGAGCAAUAGACAGGGGACGGCAGCAUUACUGGGCAAGUCAAGCCGACGUCUUCUAUCCAGAAAAUGGACAGCGCAUCGCGGCGAUUGUUGUGCACCAAGACGCAAUACCAAGACUCAACCGCACCUGCCUCCCGCCAUCAAACAAUGGUCUGAGUGACACCAGGCCUGAUGCGCAAUUGUCUUUCAGCUACGGAGUCUAUUGAACGUUCAAGAAGCCUUCUCCCAUGGAAAGAUCACCGAGUUGGAUGAUGCUGGCGCUGUUGCCCUCAGGCGUUAGCUCAGAUGACGUUGUUGGACGUCGACAAGAGAGCAAGGGUAGCUUCAAUGGAAAGUUUGGCUCUUCACACCACCUCUCGAGUUAGCAUCGUGAAUGCUUGCCACCGAGUCGCUAGGUGAGUAUUGAAUGUGGUAAGAUUUUCCACCCCGCAUCUGCUAGACAGCUCAAGCGGAGAAGGCCCGAAAAGACGAUGAUGCCAUUGACCGCCCAAGCAAGCCAGUUGCACGGCGAGGGACUGCCAUCAAUCUUGAGGACUAGCACUUCGGUUGCAUUCGUUGUGGUGCAUGGAUGCAGGAUAAGAGGCGGACGGCGAGAACGAUCAACGGACUGCAGGGAGCAGCUGGUGGCAGAGAGUUUGGGAUUUGCAUCACCAUGUGUCCACAAGUUACCCAUGAAGAAGCCGUGUCGGGGAGCGACGAGCGCAGGGCAGACAGUCGAUCGAUCGAAUGAUGGUCGGGUAGAAUUGCCGACAGACUCUCAACGUCGACUGAUGCACUUUUGUCAAAUGCGCAUCGUUUGGUGUCGGCUAACUUGGAAGAUAAAACGGUCCCAGUCCCUGACGCCGAGUCCAAAGAGGAAGGACGUCACGUGCUAAAUAUGGGUUCGCGGACAACAACAACGUCGAGGCGAAAUUUGCGGUAGGUGUAGACCAGUGUUGUCCAUCAAAUUCAUUCACAGGGGCUCAGGGAAUGGCAACAACAAUUUCGCGGACUACUGAAGAGGAACAUGAGCGGUGAGUGACGGCGCCGCACAAGGUGCAGGAUUGCAUUGUGAGGUUGUCACACUGGAAACCCGUCAGCGCCAACUUGCUGGAGACAGCUUGAGUUGCGGCGGGACAUAUGAACGGGCAUGAGCGGCGGGAAAUGAAGAGAUCGAAAGGGAGGUAUUGAUCAGAUGGUUCUGGUCACGAUUUCAUUGCGAUAUCCCUUGCGCCUAUAUUGCGCUUGAACGCCUGCUCUUGUCCUUAGGAGACAGGACUGAAAGAUGAAUGAAUGGUGCAAUGGGUCGGGCUGAGGGCAGGAGCUGCACACAACCACCUCGAGGCACGUUGAGAACAGACUGUAUCAGACCCAAUCUCCAACAUCAGCGCGUGCCUUCCUCAGAUGCUUUUGUUGAGCCUCGACAACGCGUUCCUUCUCUCUCAACAACUGGCGAUUGUGACGUGUCUGGUUGCUGGUUCCUUCCUCGCAAUCAAACCGCUGCUCAACCUCUUCAACAUUCCUCUUCUCUCACUUUCACAUUACUCCUUUCUUCUCACACGAGCUUCGCCUUUACUCUCUCACUUCUUCAUUCCCCCUCUCCACACGUGCCAACAGCAACAUCUCGCUUCUUGCUUCAUCUUAUUCUAAUCCCAAGUCCACGAUAACCUCCGUGCUCUUUUCUUCCAAUCUUCCGUCUCACGAUGUGGCGAUACACUGUCGUCUUCCUGGCUAUGGCCCUCCCUGGUCUCUCCAACAUGGUUGCCCUGUCAUCUUCGCAGUCAACGAGCCUCUCUUCCAAUUGCACUCUCACGUACAUUGCUUCUCAACCUCCUCAGAUCGGACCUACCAGCACAGUCUACCAGGCAAUCAUGACAACCUUCCGAUAUGCUGUGGAUUGCAAUGUCUGCACUGUCACCAAUAUCCCAAGCGUUCAAGCUCAGGGCCCCUACACUACCAGAUCAACCAGCUCAAUGCUUACGGUCACCGAGAUUCAAUGUAUUCCUCAAGGCACAGCCAGCACCCGAGGUAAUCAUGCGGCCCACGGCGACAUUGCCGCCACCGCUCCUCAAACCGCUAGCUGGGACCAAAUGGAAGACCUCAAGAAAUCACACAUCCACCGUCGUUCUGAUCAAGCCACAGAAGCGGCCCUUGCGGACCUGGCCAGUAGCUUCGCCAAUGCUCUUCCUCCUGAUGUCUCCCUGCUCUCUGGUGGUCUGAGGGACGAGUUUACCGACAUUGCAUCCGCCAUGUUUGCAAUCAGCAUUUGUGACUCAGGCAUGGAUCUUCACGCGGCGUGUGAACAACUGAACACCGAUCUGGUUGCAUACCAACUGUACCAGUCGUGGUACGCCCCCAACAAUGUCAAGUCGAUUGUUUGCUUCUGUGCUUCGUACGGCUACGACUUUGACACCACUCGUCAACAGCUGUAUGCUAGCCUUUACGCUGCUCUCAUUGGCAUUCUGGCUGCUGCUGAUAUCACCACCGACCGGGGUCAAAUUUGUGACACUCUCAGCCUCUUCAAUCGGACAGGUCCUUCCUUGGGUAUCGACAUUCAACAAUAUCAUGACCUCGUCUGCAGCAACAUCCCCUCUCCUACACCAACUACGCCCCUCUGGUACGGGCCAACAACCAUCAUUCCAUAUGUCACCAACAACAUGACUACCUGGAGCACUCCGACUACCUGGGGCACUCCGACUUCCUGGGCUCCCAAUACGACUAUCUCAGGAACUGGCAGCCCGAGCUGGACCGGAGUCAACAACCGCACUACAUGGGGCCCGCCCGUCUCGUACACUGGCACCAUUGGUAGUGACUGGUCCAUCACCAUCAACACCCAAACCAACUGGACAGAAUCACAACCCACAGGAACCGGUGCAGCCUCUGACACCAUGACUGCGGGAUCCAACGACACCUUGAUUGCUGCACGUACGCCACGAGGGCCCAACGCCAUGCCGUUCUAUCCCGCCAUCACCACCCCGACACCGCAUUCUGGACUCUUCAAGCGAUACUAACUGCAGACUAUGGGCUGUGGUGAUCGUGCGCAAAGAGACGCAAGUCAGAGUGUGACCCACAGUCGCACUAAUCAAGGACAUGAAGAAACGAAAGAUGGAUUGAAAAUGGCGUGACAGACAAGAUGGAGUCGUCACUGAAAACAACAGACACACUGAAAACAUUGUAUGAUAGAGCUUUCCGAGGGAAAAUGCGCUGUACAGAUCGUAGCACUCCGUAUGCUAGUGUUGAUAAUGCAAUAAUACAGAUCUUG